UUGAAGGUGAGGAGGGGGAGGAGGAGGAAGUAGAAAGUGAGUGUGAAACUAAUAAUACAGAAAAAGAAAUAAUAAAUGGAAACAGUUUGAAACAAGAUGAGUAUGCUGAAAGUGACACAUCAGAUGAAGAGGACAUAAGGAAUACAGUAGGCAAUUUUCCCAGGAAUAUGUUUAAGCGGGAAGUUGCCAUUGGACGGUGAACUGCUACAAAAGGACAACCUGAUUCGUCUGAAACGUUGUAUAUAUUCGCUACAGCGGGACGGCCUACCUCCAGUAACUACACACAACGUUGUCGACGACUGGAAUGACCCUGAUCUGAACUCAGUUAGGAGAUGCAACAUGUUCAACACAACGCACGAUCGAGUCAAAAUGGUGUUCCAUCCGCAGUUUUUGAGCCCCUCCAACCCCUUAUUCGGGUUGGACUACGAGGUGUUUGUGAGAGGUUGUCAUUUGGGUGUGUUCCCCAGUUAUUAUGAACCGUGGUGUUACACUCCGGCCGAAUGUACCGUUCUGGGAAUCCCCAGCAUCACCGCCAACCUGUCCGGUUUCGGUUGUUUUAUGGAGGAGCACAUUGCCGACCCGAUAUCUUACGGAAUUUACGUUGUUUUCAGGAGGUACAUUGGCUUGGAAGAUUCGCUACAACAGUUGGCGCAGUACAUGUUCGACUUCGCACGUUUAAACAGAAGACAAAGGAUCAUACAAAGGAACAGAACUGAACGGUUGAGUGAUAUGUUAGACUGGAGGAAUCUAGGAGUCUAUUUUUUAAUAGUAUUACAGACAGGCCAGGAUGAAGGUUUUGACAACAGUAUAUCCGGAUUAUAAGGAGAAAAUUUCUUCAGCAAUGGGUACUUUGAAGUACCCUAAACCGUUUUCGGAGCCUCCAUCGCCAAGCAACAGUAAAUUCACCACCCCAUCCGGUUCUCUGCAUGGAUCUGACGAUGACAACGAUUCCGUCGACUCCGAAGGAGAAUUGGAGGAAUUGAGGGAAAAUAAAACAACAGCGAAACCAUGAGGAUGCCAAUCUCUUAAAUGAGUUUUUUAAACUAGAACUAGUUUUAUUUUUUAUCUUUCUUCCGUAAUUAUUUUACAAUUGAUACAAUAGAACUGAUGUACAAAUUUGUUGAGAUUAUCAGAGACAUUAUUUCUACAAAACUACGCAAUAUUGUUAAAAAUCACAUUAUUAUAAAUACAUAUAUAUGGUAAAAUAUUAAAUAUA